GCCUGUCUCCCUCCCGUACCUCAGACGGAUGAUCCACGAGUGUCUUCAUGCGGGAAAUAAUCGAUAUAACGGCGGUAUAUCUCAGCUUUGGACGCUAUCAGGAGGUCGUGUGUGCUUGCUGCUUCAUCAUGGCGCCCGCCGCUCGCGCUGCUGGACGCUUUUAUUGGUGAAACAUCAAGAAAAAGGUGACCCGUCGCCUCCACAGAUGUGGCCACUACCUCUGCUGAGACUGCUGUUCAUGAACUGCGAGGAUGCGCUGAUAGAGCGGCUGUGGCUCGGCCUGGAGGGAUGACAGGACUUUAAGAGGCAAACAUGGAGACAGGGGAGACGCACGUCCAUGUGGAUUCUCCUCUUUAGACCCCUCAGGAUACAGAAUAAAACCUAUGAUCAUAUUUUUUCACUCAGAGCUUUUUUUGUUAGUUUUUGUGAAGCCAUAUUUGAGUCAGGAUGAGCUCAGAGGGUUUUCAGUACCGAGCAAUGUACGACUACAAGAAGGAGAGAGAGGAGGACAUCGACCUGCAUGUCGGGGACAUGCUGCUGGUCAGUAAGGGCGCGUUGCUGGCGCUCGGCUGCACCAACGGAGCGGAAGAACGGCCGUCGGAGAUCGGCUGGCUGCCGGGCUUCAACGAGACCACACAGGAAAAAGGCGACUUUCCAGGGACGUACGUGGAGUUUGUUGGCAGAAAGAGGAUGUCCCCACCCACACCGAAGCCCCGUCCACCCAGACCGCCAUCUGCAGCGUCGGCGAGGGCUGACUCAGAGUCAGAGGGUUUCGUAUUGCCGGAUCUCCCCGAGCAGUUCGGACCCCCGGACACAGCCCCGCCCCUCCUCAGCAGACUGAUGGAAGCCAUAGAGACGAAAGGUUUGGACAGUCCUUGUGUGUAUCGCAGCCUCAGUGGAGGCAGCGUGGACACGCGGCAGCUCGCCGACACAGACCCGGAGCAGCUGGAGGUGCCGUCCCUGUGUGACGGGGUGGUCCGGUUCCUGCAGGAUCUCCCUGGUCCUGUCCUUCCAGCCCCGCUGCAGGCUGACAUGAUCCACACGGUUCAAGAAGUCAGAGACCCGGAAGACUGCGCCCAGUUGCUGCGGGGCGUGGCCAGCUCACCGAGCUGCCCAGCCCAAUACGGGCUGACCUUGCUCAGCGUGGUCCGACACCUGGCCCGGCUGUGCCUGCACGGCUCCAGGAACCAGCUGAGCCCCCGAAACGUGGCUGAGAGCUUCAGCCCGCUGCUGUUCAGACAGACAACCGGGUCUGAGUCCGGUCUGGAUCUUCUGGUUCAGGUCCUGGAGGUUCUGAUAACCAGCGAGCUCAACAUGAACCAGGCUGCACCAGCUUUACCUCCUAAACCUGUGAAGUCAUCGGCCCCGGCAGCUUCCAGUAGUUUUAACAACAGCAUGGCUCUGCAGGAUGCCGAGUGGUACUGGGGAGACAUUUCCAGGGAGGAGGUGAAUGAGAAGCUGAGGGACACAGCCGACGGUACAUUUCUGGUCCGAGACGCCUCCACUAAAAUGCACGGAGAUUACACCCUGACCCUGAGGAAAGGAGGCAACAACAAGCUGAUCAAGAUCUUCCAUCGGGAGGGGAAGUACGGCUUCUCUGACCCUUUGACCUUCAGCUCAGUGGUGGAGCUGAUCAACCAUUACAGACACGAAUCUCUGGCCCAGUACAACCCUAAACUGGAUGUCAAGCUGCUCUAUCCGGUCUCCAAACACCAGCAGGAUCAGGUGGUGAAGGAGGACAGCAUCGAGGCGGUGGGGAAGAAGCUGCACGAGUAUCACCUGCAGUAUCAGGAGAAGAACCGAGAGUACGACAGACUGUACGAGGAGUACACCAGAACAUCGCAGGAGAUCCAGAUGAAGAGGACGGCCAUCGAGGCGUUCAACGAGACCAUAAAGAUCUUCGAGGAGCAGUGCCAGACUCAGGAGCGCUUCAGCAAAGAGUACAUCGAGAAGUUUCGCCGGGAGGGAAACGACAAGGAGAUCCAGAGGAUCAUGGAGAACUACGAAAAGCUCAAGUCUCGGAUCAGCGAGAUCGUGGACAGCAAGCGCCACCUGGAGGUGGAUCUGAAGAAACAGGCGGCCGACUACCGAGAGAUCGACAAGAAGAUGAACAGCAUCAAACCGGACCUGAUCCAGCUGCGCAAGACCAGGGACCAGUACCUCAUGUGGCUGACUCAGAAAGGGGUUCGGCAGAGGAAGCUGAAUGAGUGGCUCGGCUUGAAGAACGAAACCACAGAGGACGAGUACAGCAUGGUGGAGGAUGAGGAGGACCUUCCUCAUCACGAUGAGCGUCUGUGGCGCCUGGGAAACAUCAACCGCAGUCAGGCCGAGUCUCUGCUCCGAGGGAAGAGGGACGGCACCUUCCUGGUCCGAGACAGCAGCAAGGCGGGCUGCUACGCCUGCUCCGUGGUGGUGGAUGGCGAGGUGAAGCACUGCGUCAUCAACAAGACGAGCACCGGCUACGGCUUUGCCGAGCCCUACAACCUGUACGGUUCCCUGAAGGAGCUGGUGCUGCACUACCAGCACACGUCGCUGGUCCAACACAACGACUCGCUGAACGUCACGCUGGCCUUCCCAGUCUACAGCCAGCAGAGACGAUGACCCGAACGGCAGCAGACAUCGUUUACACGCACCCCUCCCCACCUCUCUUUGGACCGGCCGACACAUUUCCCUCCGAGUUCACCGUCGUCACUUUGAAAGCAGCUUCAAAAAUGGUGGAUCAACUCCUGGAUGAAGCUUUUUGUUCAGUCUGACGCUUUGAGACUGCAGAUAAAUGUUUUACUGUGAAAGGUGACAUGCAAAACAGGUUUAAGACGUAAAGUGCCCGUGUUACGCUUUUUAACACUGUUCCAGCUUCUCUCAGCAUGUUAAAGUGCUCCAGGCUUUUCUUCUGUUACUUACUGAUGUCACUGUGUAACACAAAGAAAUGUGGCAGAAACUCAGAUUUGAUGAUCACCCGUUUCCUUCGUCACCAUCUUACCUCAGUAAUCCGGCAGUUUCAAACCUGGAACGAGCACUAUUUACAAAACAGACUUAAUUUUUUACUCAGUAUGACCCAAAAUGAGUGAGUCCCCAAACUCGGCAGGAAUGUGUUUACAGAGGUCACUGUUUUCUCAGGCUUCAAUAGGACCAGAAGUCCUUUUGCAACCACAGCUGUCGCCCUCUGGUGACCUUCAGUUAGAAUGCAGGUUCGCGGGGCUUCCACAUUGGCUUGGUUUUUCCGACCCUGAAGCUUCUUCCAUGUUUUUUACUGUCAGUGGGAUUUUUUCUGACAGUGAAAAUUGAUUCAUACUUUGGGAUCUGUUAACAGUGAUCCAGUUUCCUGUAAUACGUGAACACCAGAUACACAAAAAUGUAUUUUACGUUUGAUUAAACAUAUUGUUUUAAAACUGAAUUUUCAGCUGAUUUUUGAGCACUUUGGUUUGUUGAAUAGUUGCCAUGUCUAAUGUUAAAGAGUGGGGGCGGUGUGUGAGAAACAUUUUCACCAUUAAAGCACAUGAAGCUGUGUCCGCAGAGACUAGAUUGAUGAGUCUGAGCGUAAUACGGGCACUUUUUUUGGUCUCAUGCUCCCUUGUCUCCUUGGGGUGGUGGUGGUCUGAGCUGGUCUGGAUGAAAAUGACUGCUGCUUUAAGCAUGGCGCUGAUCCAGCUGCAGCUCCACUGAACUCUGAAAUUAGAAGAGGAGGAGGA